UGACAUCUUAAAGUUGUCUCUACUACUUGGGAAUCACCAACAAAUAUAUAGAGUGUGUGUUACCAAGGCUACGAAUAAACAAAUUCUUACUUUGUUGUGAUUGUGAUUGAAAUUAAAUAUAAAUAAUUUUUAAAAAAUGUGGGGACAUAGUCCUCCUUUAGAUUUUCAAAAUGAGAACUAUAUAAAAAAAAAUUCUGAUGAUAACGAACCAUUAGAAAUUUUGACAGUGGGUUCGAAAGACCCGAGACACAUUAUCAAAACUUUGGCAUCAUCAUCCGUAAAUCCAAGGCAAUUUAUUAAUUUUCACGUUGUUGAAUCAUCAUUGGAACCAAUUGCUCGGUCAAUUUUAUUACUUCACAUUUGUCUUCAAAAAGAUUUAGGCUUACAGGUUGCAAGUCGAUACUAUUUAGAAGUACUAGGCAACACACUUUUGACACCAGCAACUGCCAAAUACUUGACGAAAACAAUUUAUCAAUUAAUUAGUGUCAUCACUCAAACGACUCCGUGUCCUUGGAUAAGUAUCGAGACACUCAAAUAUAAAGACAAAGAUUUAAUAGAAGCUAUUUUUAAAUUUUGGGUCCGUGCUAUUUGUGAAGGUGUACCAGUUGUUAAAUAUUGGGACCAACGGAUCAGAAAAUUAUUGGGGACUAGAUAUGAUUACAGAGACGGUGCUUUUGAUUGGGAUUUCCAUAUGAUAUUGAAAGAAAAAAAUAUUCCUCAUUUAACAGCUCAAGAGUACAGAUUCUGGAGAAAUAAUGGAAUAGCAUUCACGUGGCUGGAAACAGAACCUGCGAGAAGUAAUCCGACUUUAAUAAGCAACGUGACACCUUAUAAACAAGGUUUUAUUCAUAGUGCUUAUGCAGGAGACAUCACUAAUGGUCCAUAUUUAACUUUUGAUGCUGAAGAAGCAGAUGAUAAAAAAAAAUUAAGAGCUACAGAUGCAGCAGAGGGACAAAUAAUAAAAUUAUUUUAUCAAAUACGAAUGCAAGAACUUUGUCCUGAUGAUAUCAUAGCCGCGCAUAGAGAUAAAUCUGUUUUAAAUGGAACAUUGGUUACAGAAAUGCCAGAUAUUGAUAUCGAACAAGAAUCUUGGGUGGUAAAAAAAUCAGACAAGUCUGAGUUCUCUUCUUGGAUCGAUGUCCCACAAGCAAAAGUGAUUUAUCAUUCAGCUUCUUCAUUUAUCAAGUACAAAAAUAAACGCGAAUGGUUGGAUAAAUUUGAUGUGGUAUUUGUCGCUCAUAAUAUGAUUAAUCACUUGGAAAAUAUCAAGCCUUUGAUGAAAGAAAAUGGUGUACUGAUAGUAGAGUCAAGGCGAUUUUUAGUUGAAGCUCGAAAAAAAGAAUUAGAAGAGUUUGCUAAUGAGUUAAAAAAAAUAGCUGAUGAAAUUGGCAUCAAAUUAUUAGAACCAUUUAAUCCUAACGAUGAUAAUUUUGCAAGAUUUGUUUUAUAUUAA